AUAAAGCAAUGAUUAACAGGUGUAAGAGCCAAUGAUGUGAAGUGUUAAACCUGCUACAAUGCCAUCUAUCAGAAACCCUAAAUUUCAUCUAAUUUAUUGUAUGAAGUCAAGAUAAAGAUGAUGACAAUCGUCAACUGUUUUCAUUCUUAUCCUGGGCGGAAUAUCUGACAAGAAUGAGUAUAUAUCGUUGAAGACAUGUUAAUUACUGCUUUGGUAUGCUAGACAGAGCAUGGUCUCUCCAUUCCCCCGCCUGAUCAUGAGUAUUUUCCGAUUGAGGGUUUAGUCUGCCAUAAAUUAAAGCUUUAACCGAGGUCAAAUCGAAGAUAGGUCCUUGUCUUUUCUACUCAUCUUAUUGAUUCAAUGCUAUCAUCUAAGUUCCUUGCUGGUGUUACAAGGAGGAAAUCUUUCAAUUGCCACAAAUAUAGUCCUACCUUUUUAAGCACUUUGAUGCUAAUAGCUUCUGAAAAGCAUAUGAGCAUGAGCACUGGUGUGGAUGCUUUUGAAACCAAUCACCCUGUAACAUCUAAAAGCCAAGUAUACGACAUUGCAGCUGGAAAAUACAGGAAAUUAGUGGAAUUUGGCUCAUCCAAAAGUCAAACACAUCAACCCCCUGUUGUUCGUACUCUAAAUCCACAUAUAUGCAUGUCAAGUUGUCAUUACAGCACCCAAUACACAGAUAGUAUCGCAACAAAUUCACAACAUAAGUUAUUAGGAAAUAUCCCAAAAUAUGUAAAGAUAGUGGAAGUUGGUCCAAGAGAUGGAUUGCAAAAUGAGAAAGAUAUCGUUCCUACUGCUGUGAAAGUUGAAUUGAUCAAAAUGUUGGUUAAUUCAGGAUUACAAGUUGUUGAAGCUACUAGUUUUGUCUCACCAAAAUGGGUCCCACAGUUGGCAGAUGCAAAAGAUGUAAUUAAAGGAAUUAAAGGAAUUAGCAAUGCUAGAUUCCCAGUUCUAACACCAAAUCUUAAGGGAUUAGAGGCUGCUCUUGCAGCUGGAGUAAAGGAAGUUGCUGUGUUUGCUGCAGCUUCUGAGUCGUUUUCAAGGUCAAACAUCAACUGUAGCAUUGAUGAAAGUCUUGCACGUUAUCGCGAUGUUGCUUCUGCUGCAAGAAAACUCUUCAUCCCUGUACGCGGAUAUAUAUCAUGUGUUGUUGGAUGUCCAAUGGAAGGAGAAGUGCAUCCAUCAAAAGUGGCAUAUGUUGCUGAAGAGCUUGUAAAAAUGGGGUGUGAUGAAAUUUCCCUUGGUGAUACCAUAGGUGUCGGGACUCCUGGUAGUGUUAUUCCUAUGAUCGAGGCUGUUAAAAAAGUUGUGCCUAUAGAGAAGCUUGCUGUGCAUUUUCAUGAUACAUACGGGCAAGCUCUUUCUAAUAUUCUUGUAUCACUCCAAAUGGGGAUUAGUGUGGUGGAUUCAUCUGUAUCGGGUCUUGGUGGUUGUCCAUAUGCAAAAGGUGCCACGGGUAAUGUGGCAACUGAGGAUGUUGUAUAUAUGCUUAAUGGGCUUGGUGUGAAGACAAAUGUGGACCUUAGAAAGCUUAUUUUGGCGGGAGAUUUUAUUAGGAAACAUUUGGGGAGACCCUCUGAGUCUAAAGCUGCAACUGCCUUGAAAAAAACUGUGUUUUGUGCAUCUAAAUUAUAAGAUACCCCCCUAAUAACAAUAUCGAAUUCAAAUUACAAGUGUGACAUGAUGAAGUAUAAUGGAAUGAGAAAUUGAACUAUACUUGUAAUAAUAGUUAUAUUGUAGAAUUUGGAAGUGUGGGGAAUUUGUUGGAACUUCUCGUGUAGUAAAAAUGUUGAAACUUCAAAGCAAAAAAGAUAUGAAAUGAUAUUGGCAUAAGUUUUAGAUU